UGCGUGUUCUUUUUUUUGUUUUGUUUUUUCCCCCUCCAGCUCUGUCGUCGACGAUCAGACUCAAGUGGGUAAUUGAAGAGGGAGGGUUUGAAGGAUGGCGGCCGCGGCGACGUCUUCAACUCUUCUGAAUGCCGGGCAAUUGGCCGCCGGUGGGAGCUCAACGUCACUUGUGGCCACUGGCAGGAACAGCAGCUGCAAGCAGCGCCAUCAACCAGCCAAAGGGAAUGUAUCUGCCUGCUCUGUUCCAAGGAGGCCGAGUCAUGUGUGUGGUGCCAAUGACUGCAAGAGUAUGGGCAGCAGUAGAAAGCUUGGCGGAGGCAGCAGCUCCGCCUUUCUUGCGGGGGAAGGCUGCAGGCUGGGGGAAGUGGUAAGACAGAGGGGGGCACUUGCUGGCCAGCGGCGGGGGGAUUCGCAAGUGGGAAGGACGCUCAAGUGCCGUUGUCUGGAGAAGUCAGAGGAGAUGCCGCAAGAGAAGAUCCUCAUUGCUAAUCGGGGAGAAAUAGCAGUGCGAAUUAUCAGAACGGCUCAUGAGAUGGGUAUACCCUGUGUUGCAGUCCACUCAACGAUUGAUAGCAAGAGCCUGCAUGUCCAGCUUGCUGAUGAAGCAGUCUGUAUUGGUGAAGCCCCAAGUAGCCAAUCGUAUCUGAAUAUUCCAAACAUUGUUGCAGCUGCCAUCAGCCACGGCUGCACAAUGGUUCAUCCUGGCUAUGGCUUUUUGGCUGAGAAUGCGACCUUUGUGGACAUCUGCAGAGACCAUGGCCUCAACUUCAUCGGUCCUAGGCCUGAGAGCAUCCGCAUCAUGGGCGACAAAGCGACAGCAAGAGACACCAUGAAGAGAGCAGGCGUGCCCACUGUUCCGGGCAGCGACGGGCUUGUCAAGGAUACUGCAGAUGCUGUGCGGUUGGCCAAUGAGAUAGGGUUCCCUAUUAUGAUUAAGGCCACGGCUGGUGGGGGAGGACGUGGGAUGCGACUUGCGCUCGAACCUGAGGGUUUUGUUAAGCUCCUGCAGCAAGCAAAGAGCGAAGCGGGAGCAGCAUUUGGGAACGAUGGUGUUUAUUUGGAGAAGUACAUUCAGAACCCUCGUCAUAUCGAGUUUCAGGUCUUGUGUGACAAGUACGGCAAUUGCGUCCAUCUUGGAGAACGUGACUGCAGCAUUCAGCGACGGAACCAAAAAUUGUUGGAAGAGGCACCCUCCCCCGCCCUAACGCCAGAGCUCCGAAAGCGGAUGGGAGAUGCUGCUGUGGCCGCGGCAUCAUCGAUCGGUUACAUUGGUGUCGGUACAAUUGAGUUUCUCCUCGAUGCGUCUGGAGAGUUCUACUUCAUGGAGAUGAAUACGCGUAUCCAGGUGGAGCAUCCAGUGACGGAGAUAAUCUACUCUAUCGACCUUAUCGAGGAGCAGAUCCGGGUUGCAAUGGGGAAGAAGCUGCGAUUCACACAGGAUGAUUUGAAACUUUCAGGCCAUGCUAUCGAGUGCCGAAUAAAUGCUGAGGAUGCAUUCCAAGGGUUCCGCCCAGGACCAGGGCGAAUCACUGCGUAUCUUCCUCCUGGAGGUCCUUUCGUGCGUAUGGACAGCCAUGUCUACGCAGACUAUCUGGUCCCACCUAGCUACGACUCACUUCUUGGCAAGCUCAUUGUCUGGGCACCCACUCGUGAGAAGGCAAUCACUCGCAUGCAACGGGCUCUGAGAGACACAGUCAUUUCAGGGAUCCCAACGACGGUGGACUAUCACAAGCUUAUCUUGGAAAUCCAGGAUUUCAAGGAUGGCAAGGUUGACACAGCAUUCAUUCCAAAACAUGAAGAAGAGUUGUCGACGCCCCCACCGCCUCCAAAGAAGAAGAAGAUUGUAGUUGCUCCGAAGUCAAGCAAGGUGAAAGCCAGGGCGUGAAGACCAGAAGAGCAGUUUGAAGGUCGGGGGCCUCUGCAAGAGGCUAAACUAGUAUAGGAGAACCUAUAUGGAUCGAGAUCGGUCUACCGGGGGAAAGACGAUAGUAUUUCUGUUGAGAGCCCAUAGCUUGCUCCUCAGGUUUAGGUGAGCAAGUGGCGGCGAUCUAGGGGAGACGGGUGGGGUGGGGAGAGGAAUUCAGGGCAGCUGGGUACUGUAAGGUGGAAAAACAGUGCCCGAUGUGGUUGUGUGGCCCAAUGAUUUAUGCCUUUUGGAGAUGGGAGGUGGCACUUCACCACUGGUAGGGCCCGCCUCGUGUAUCAUGUCUUGUUGUAACUUGGUAGUGAGCGAUAAUGAGAGGCAGAAGGAAAUAAGUUAUGGGAAAGAAUGUGCAGAUGAUGAACGGUUAUGCUCAGGGAGGUGCACAAAGGUAGCAAAGGGAAUUUACCACCGAGGUGUCUCGGUUCGUUGCAUAAGAGAGUCUUCUCUUGUGUGUGUGUAUGUGUGCUGUUUAUGGGGACUUUUAUCCUACCCCUCUCUGUGUUAGGCACAGGGUGGCUAUUCAUCGAAGGGGGUGGCAUGUGGUAGUAUGCGGCUAUUUACAGUGGCAGGGUGGCAAUUAAUAGCAGGCUAGGUUAGCUAUGAAAAUGGAGAAGGGCGGCUCGACGGGUAUGGGGUACGAUUGCCAGGUUCUAGGCUCACUGGGAGGUUUGGCAAGUACCAUUGGCUUCUUGGUCAUGCAGAGGGGGUUAUGUUGAUUAGGUAAGAGUGUAAAAGUGUGAAAGCUUGGGAGGCCGUAUUCGAGGCUGCUGCUUAGUACAAGGGGUAGCUUCGACAAUCGGCUUCGUGGUCAUGGGGGUAUAGCUGAUGUGGGGUUUUGAGGGUGGCGGUCGUAAGGUCACCUAGUCUUUAAAGUGUGCGACCGAAUUUCACACCAGGGCCAUAUGUGGCUGAUCUGUGUUGGUCGGACAACGAUCUGACUAAAAGUGCGUCUGCACUGAGUGUUCAGUGAACAGGGAAUGAAAUAAUCCCACAAAUGAGGAAAGGUUGGAUAGCACACCCCGAAGUCGCGUGUUAGGUUUUGAGGAUGCAGCAAUUUGCGGUAGCCUACCUUAUAUGGGACGCUGGACCCGUUUUCCAGCAGGUGAUGCUCCCCACCAAUAGAUGGAGCCACUCUUCAAAAAAAAAAAAAAAGCCUUGGGUGUGUGACCCUAGUUAAAAAAAAAAAAAAAAAAAAAAAAAGCAUUACCCUCCCUUAUCUGGGAAAUCUGUCAGCUUAUUAGACACAACAGUUUUUGUAGGCUAGGCUAUGUUCGACCUUCUCGUCAUGUGUCGCGUUGCUUACCGCCGUGGCCCGCUGCAUUGGCUUUCCUCCUCCCAAGGUCAGAUGAUCCUGUAUGAUCCUGAUUACGGGCCGGGGACGAUUCCCCCGUCUUUCGCAAAGUUAUCAUCGUCAAGCAAUGCCUACUCACUUCAUUUAUGUUUGUUUCCGUAUGGCGUACACCUUACUGCGUCAUCUUGGCCACUUUAAUGUCAAGAGGUUUAAUAGCAGCAGCUCCACCACCAUCAUCUAUGUCUGCUGACUUUGUUUCUUCUUCUUCUUCUUUUUGUCCUUUUUUUUCUUUUUUUUAUAUAUAUGACUGUGUUGCUGAGUGCAAAAGUGGUGGAGCAACUUUGUUCCUCACUCCACUAAACUCUCGACAUGUGCACAAGACGA